AGUGGGAGUUGUUAGGAGUUGUUAGAUUGAAAACGCGUGCAUCGUUUCAGUUUCGAUUUUGUUGGCGCCGAGUGUACAAUGUCGUAAUAAUGAGUUUAGUGUGUACCUAAUAUUUGUUGUAUAACAUGUUUAAGUUUUAUAAUUAUUAGUGAAUUUCAGAAAAAAAAACACUAUGAUUAAAGAUAGACUAAAAGAAUUCCAGGCUGUAAGUAUUAUUAUUAUUUUUUUAUUUUUAAUUAAAAAUACAGCUGCAAAAUAUUCCCAAUUAUAUUAAUACAUCAUACAACAAUUAUGUGCAUAUUUUUAAAUUUCAAUUAUAUAUACCAUUAUACAAAAGUAAUUAAAUAUUAUAUCUAAUAAAAUAUUAUAUAGGUAUACUUAUAAAGUUAUAAAUAACGCAUGGUAGGUAAUAUUACAGUGAUGUAUGGGUACUAAAAUUUAAUCAUACUGAAAUAAUUUGGUUGUAUAUUUUAUAAUAAUAUAAAUAUUAUUAUAAGGGAAAUUGUAUGGCAAUAUGGUUUGUAUGCUUAAUGUUUGAUUAUGAUAUUAAUUAAAUUGUAUUUCGUUAAAACGUUAAACUUUACUAUGAUAAUACAUUUCAGUUAGAACGAACGGAUCAUUUAGAAAAACAAAAUAUUUAGUUAAUAUUUUAAUUAUAUUUUACUAAUUGAUUAAAAUAUAAUAUAAAUACACGAAAAGAAAUUCGUAUCAAAUAAAAAAAAUUAAUUAGCAGAAUCAUAAUCGUAGGCAUUUUUAAUGGUAAAACAUUGUCAAUCUAUCUGUAAUAUUAUGUACUUUUGAUUAUUAAAAAUAUUCGUCAUUCAUCAAAUAUAAUUAAAAUAUUAGUUUAACAUUUUAAUAAAAUCGUGUAUUAGAUAAGUAUAGACUGUAUUAUAUAUAAUUAAAAUAUUAAUUUAUGUAGGUGAAAUAUUUAUAAUUUUCUUUCGAUAUUUACCCAUGUAGGUAUAGAUUUUCUUCUUAAUGCAUUAAAUAUCAUUGAAGUACCCAGUGGGGCUAACAGGGCUUCAACUAUACCCCAUUGACAGUGUUAUAUAUGCAACCAAAUAAUAUUAACUACUCCAACUAAUCUUGAAAUCUGGGCACGCUACUGUUAAGUAUUAUAAAUAUGCCUAUAUAUAUUUUAUUUUGUUCAUUCAUCGUAUCUUUCUAUAAAAAAAAACGUUUGAUUAUAAUUUCAUUAGCUUUAAUGUAAUUGCCUGCAGUUAUUAUGUGUAAUAUUUAUAACAAUAAGUAUAACCUUGAAUUCAAAUAUAUGAUUGAGACACAUAUAUAAUUAUUAAUUAUAUUUACGGUAUACCUAUUAGCUAUUAUUAGGUACCUACUUUAUAUGUUUGUCUUAAUUGCACUUAUCUUAUCCUUAGGUAUAUCUGUUGAAAUUUGAAACCACCAUAACGAAAUUAAUAUAAUUUAGUGUUUUUAUUUUGGUAUUUUUUUGUUUUUGAAUAUUAGUGACAAAAUAAUUUAGCGUGUUAAAGACGACCGCCACGAAUAGAAAUAAUAGACACAAAAAGCACAUUUCAAGUCAAAAAUAAAUCAUUUUUAGACUAGAAUUCAGCAUUCUCGUUGAGUUUUCAGUUGAUUAACUAUGUAAAUACCAAUUCGUCUUGACAGCGGACCAAACAAAUAAACAUCUUCAACAUUCUAAUUUGUUUUGUGAAUACAGAGUGUAUACGAGAAUCGUGGUCCUUAAAAUCAUCUCGGUCGAUGUGUCAGGCGUGUAGUACUUAUAUAGGUAAAUACAAUAAUAAUAUUAUGAAUAGUCGUUUCACGUUGUGGUCGUUUUGGGCAAAAGAACUCGGGCGUGUAUGAUUAAAAUUUAAAAUAUAAAUACGUGGGACACGAAAUAUAUAUAUAGAUAGAUAAAUACGCUCAUUAUAAUAUUAUUCUGGUAUAUCUACACAUAAUAAACGCGACAUGCGUUUUUACCUAUCUACACGGUACCCAAAACCCUAGUAUAAAAAUAAAAAAUUGACUGUAAAUAAAAAAAAUGCGAAUUUCCCCGUAGAUUACCUCGAUACCUAUGCAAGCUACAAAAGUCGACUAUAUGUCUAUAUAUAAUAAAUACACAUAAUAUUAUAUUUUGUAACACAUAUAGGUAUACACAUAUUACACCACACAAUUGGUUUAUUGUUGUUGCGCCAAGCCGCCAACUGCAGUUCUGAUCUAUCUGCUGAAAAUGGCACCAAUUAAUUUUCCCUAACACAAUGCGACUUCAAGGCCUGUACCUAUAUAGCAUAUAUAUUAUGUAGGAGAGGUGAGUGCUGUUUUAAUAUUCGGUGGUGCGGAACCAUAAUAAGGAACAUUAUUAUUAUUUUUUUUUAUUUUUUUAUUACUGUGCCGGUUUGUAAUAAUAAUAAUAAUCAUUUAUAGCGAAUAAAUAAUAAAGGCCGUGUUAGUCAAAUAUAUGUAAUAUAAUAUAUAGUAAUCAAAUAUACGUGAGAGGAAAAACGAUUAGCCUACCUGUCUGUUUUACACUGUAUUGUAAAUGCGAUUAUAUCCUACACUAGUAUAGGUAAAUGUUUUACAUUUGCUCCGGAAAAAUAAAAAACUAUUUUUUUAGAUAUUUUAGAAGGGCUAUAACAUUGAUGGUAUUAUUCAAAUCGUCGAUACGCCAAAAUAUAAUAAUAUAUAAUAAUAUAACGUAUUAACACAUCUGUUAUAAUAUAAUGAAUAUAAUAUCAAUAAAAUACACAAAUGUAUACAUUUUUUCUUACUAUAGGAAGUACUUAUAUUAAAUUCAAUACAAUGGCGUAUUUGUAGGUAAUAGGAGCAUUUGACCCCCCCCCCCUAAACAACUUAGUAUAUAAUACUUUUUCCUUGUAUUUUGGUAAAAUAUAUAUAAAGUUUGAUUAAUAAAAUAAUAAAGUAAAAACAAAAUUAUUAAAAUGGUUAAUACUCGUAAAUAAAGUUUUAUUGUUAUAAAUGGUUUUGCCUCCACUCAAAAUUAAGGUCUAUAUCCGCCACUGAUACUAUAUUAUACAUAUAAUAGUUACCUAUUAGGUACCUAAAUUUCCAUGAUAAUAAUAUUUUCAAAUUGGAUUUUGGGAAAAACUGGAAUAAUAUUUUAUACACUCCGUGUCGCGAAUGCAAAAAUUAAUAUACAUUAUCUAUAUCUACAAGCAUAAUUAUGUUCAACUGCUGUACGGAAUUUUUGUCCAGCGUUGUUUUGCAGCAAAUACCCAUUGAAAUGUCAUAUAAGUGAAUAGUGUACAAAUUAAUAACCGCGGGAAUUAUCGUAUGCGAUGUCACAAAUUGCAAUCGAAUAGGUUCACUCGUUCAGUGGUUCACUCAUUCACUUAAUUCGUUCUAUUUUAUGUGGUAUUUAUUGCCGUUGUUCUAUUUAAUAUUUAUGGCUAUAAAUAACAAUAUAUAGGUACAAUCGGGACAGAAGUGCAGAACUUAAGAUUUAAUAACCGUGAGCUAUAUUUAAACACGCAGAUUUUAUAGGUAGAUACAUAAGUAAAAUAUUAUAAAAUAAGUUUUAUGAGACGUCAUGGUCAGUUUUUUUUUUGAAUAGGGGGGGGUGAGUGGGGUGUAUAUUUGGUGUCUCUAUUUUGUCUGUGCUUUAUUGACGUGCCAUAAAUUUAUAUUUGCCUUGAUAAAAUUACAUAAAACAAUAAUAAUAAUAUUAUGUUAUGCUAUAGCCAUAGGUAUAUUAUUAUAUAAUAAAUUAAUAACUGUUCCUAACAUACAGAUAUACCUAGUAUAUAUCUUAAAUAACUUAUGUAUUUAUGACACUGUUUUAAAAUUGCUUAUAAAUAGGCUGAAUGUAAAUUAUUUACGAUUUUAACGUUUUAUACAGGUAUGUUUUCCUUUUUUUAUUUUAUCAAUAUAUUUUAAUUUAGAGAAACCAAUAAUAAUUGAGAAAUAAUUAGAUAAUUAGAUAAUUUAAUUAAAAUAAUUAAAUAAUUAGAGAAAUUAUCCGUAACCUAAUAAGGCAACAUAUAGGUUCACAAAUAAAAAGAACAGACAUACUUCGCAUGCGGAUGCAGCCACUGUUAUAGGUGGUAAGUUAGGAGGCUAGGAUACAGACGGGAAUUUAAUGUAUAUCUGUGAGCAAUUUUAAACCAUUGCUAACGAAAAAACGAUUCUGAGCUUGAGUUCAAUUGAUAGUGUUGCUUUGUCAACAAUAUAAUAUAUAGUAUAUGUCAUAUUAUGAUAAAAUGAUUACAAAAAUGUGCGUUUCUAUGACAACAAUAAUUGUAAAAAAAAGAUUAAAAUAAUAAAAACAAAAAAUAAAUACAAACGGUUACCAAGGACAACCUUAUUUUUAAUCUUUAAAUUUGUUUAACCUAAAGAUCGAGGUUUUCUUCAACAUCUCAAAUAUAAAUGAAAAUUUCAAAAAUGACCUCUCUAAAUUAUCACCUAGAGAAAACAUUUCUUUUCAGAAAAGGUGUUAUACUUGAUAAUCGGAGUUUCUUUCUGGUAGAAAAAAUGUUUAAAUAAUAAAAAAUUUAAAAAAAAAUAAACAUCAUUGUAAAACCAAUAUAUUCCUCGUUCUAUUUAGAAUAUUUGGGUAUGUAUAUAAUUAACAGUGAGAAAACGUCGGCCUGUUUACAUUUUUGUUAUCCUUUUAAAAUACUCAAAUAAUUAUGUGUAUAAUAGAGUAUAGAUAGUCUCGGUAUAAAUUGUUAAUAUCCGAAAACAAUACUUAUAGGUUACAAGUGAAGCCUUGAAAAAUCACUGUAUUUUACGACCCUAUAAAACAUAGCUUCAGUGCGAAAAUGUUUAUUUUAUGAUUGUGUGAAUCGUAUUCGGUUCUCAUACUUUUUCUUGAACAGCAUUUUCGUUUAAUAAUAUUAAUCUAUAUUUCCCGCGUAUUAUAUUAAAGUUUCAAAAAUUAAUUCAAAUUACACAAAUUAUUAAUUAUUAUUAAUUACAAGACGAUAAAUGAGCUAUGUCAAGUUAAUUCAUUGAUGAUGGUUGCGUAAUCCACGAUCAUAGAUCAUAUGCGCUUUUGCUAAUCCAACUAUUUUAUUUUUGCCUGAAUACUAUUCGAGAAAUAUGCCAUUUUUGAAAAAUAGUAUUACGAAAAAAAUACACUAUAAGUGAAGUUUACUAAUCACAAAUGAAUUCACAAAUACAUAUAGAACAAAGAAAUGAAAUGAAAACAAAAUGUAUAGAAUAUAUCGUAAAGUGUCGAAUUUUAGCCGCGUAAAUAAAAUCUCGUUAUAAUAAUUGUUAUGUUAUGUAUUUUUUGUUUGUAACUAUUGUAACAGUUUUACUUAUUUGAACAAAACUGAUAAUGUUACCUGAAAUUCUCCUUGUUUACUUAUUGUUAUGUAGGUAUCUAUAAAUUAUUAUGUUUUAAAAAAACUAUAGGUAUAUUAUUUGAAUUUCGAGUAUACCUAUGUAUAGUUAAAGUUAUAUAAUGUUAAGAUUAAAUUAGUUUGAUUAAAAAAAAAACAAGUAUAGGAAUUCUGUUGUAAAUACUACUAUAACAAUUGAUUAAAAAAAUAUAAAUGUUUAAUGAAUCAAAAUCAAAUUUAAUUUUAAUGUAGGUAUUAUAAUAUUAUAUUGGUAUUACACAUAUACGAUAUUAUAUUUAUUUCUAAAUAAUAUAAGUGAUAGUGUCUGGUAAUGGUAUCUGAAUUCAAAAUGUAUUGUCUUAAGUUCACAUUUAGUUAUUUGUAUAGAGUGCUCAAUCAUCAAGUAAGAUACUUGGGCAUUUCAAAAGGAAUCAACUCUUUGGUUUUUAUGGAAUUGUCUUCUUUGAAAAAAAAAAUAAUAAUAAUAAGAAUUAAAUAAUUAUGCAUAAUUCUAAAAUGUUGCAUUGCCUUUUUUUUUAUCCACCAGCUCUUGAUUUUCAAACGCAACUAGGAACAAGAUAACGGGGCAGAAUUCAAAAUUCAUAUAAUGUAAACAUUUAUGAUGAAAAUUAAGCUAAGAGUAUAUAUUGAGAUGCGAACGAGGGGGCGGGGCGAUCUCCCCUAUCACCCCUGGAUCUGCAAUUGAAUGCAACUUGUAUUAAAAAUUCCGAGCAUAGAUAUAUCAAACCAACUUUGUAGAAGUAUCUAUUAUACUAUGAUACUAUCAUACGUUAUAUUAUAAGUACCUAUUUUAUAUUUUAAAUUUUUUUGUUGUUAUUAGGUUACAAAUAUUCGUAGACUUGAAAUUUUGACGAAACUUAUAUUUGUCUUUUCUAUACGAGGUAAAAUGUUCAAAACAUGUUGACCAAUGUUAAGCUAUUAAUAGACAUUUUAUGUUUGCGAAUUUCCACGUAGUUUUUAUUUAAUUGGUACUAUGUGGAUAUAAUUGUUUGAUCAGACAGAAAUUCUUGACGAUUUAAUAGAAGAUUCAUUUUAAGUUGUACUCAAUGGUUAAUAAGAAAAAAUUGAGUUUAAUAUGGUAUUUCUUUUUUUUUUAUGAGUUUUAAUAUCAAAUUUUUGAUGAAAAUCGUAAUAAUACAGCCUUUCAAAUCAUGUAUAAAUGAACUUCGCUCAGAAUCGUUUUUUGUUAGUAAUGGUUUUUCUUUUCUAACAAAUAUAAAUUAAAUAACUAUAUUUAUCUUACCUUCCCAACUUCCCACUUACAAUAGUGGCACACCCAUCAGAAGUAUCAACUCUUUUAGUUAAUUGGUUUAUUGACCGGAAAGAAAAAUUUAAGAUAUUUGUAGAUUAAAGUUUAGUACUAUCACUACUAUCUUUAUACUUUUAUGAGUUAGGUACAUAAUAUAGAUAUAUAAUAAUACGAUUACCUAUGUAGUACCUAUAUGUUGUAUAUACCUCUUUAAUGUCUACGUUAUUUUGAGUUUUAAAAAACGAGGAGUUAGAGCUCAUGGACCUGCCUAUAGUUUGAUACAAGCUCGUGUACAAUAAUGUAUAAAAUAAAAAACAAAUGGACAUACUUUGCACGAUGGGUGGACUACUGUUGUGGGUGAAAAUUUAGGAUGGUAGAGGGGAAAUUUAAUGUAUAUAUGUACUCAAAGAUUAAUCAUUGCCAACGAAAAACGAUUCUGAGGGGAGUUCGAUUAUACAUCUUUUGAAAGGCUUUAAUAUUUACAAUUUUAAAAUAAUACAUUUUCGUCUGUUUUUUUCCGGUGUUUCCCAUUUAUAAUGAAAAUCGCCUUAAAAAUCAAAAAUUGACCUUCUUGUGGUAUCACUCCAGUCAAAUUUCCUUUCAGAAAAAGUGCUACACUUGAAAAUCGGAGCAAAAUUUCUGGUAGAAAAGUUGUUCACAGAAAAAAAAAAUCAUUGUAAAACCAAUAUAUUCCUCUCUCCACUCAGAAUCUAAAAAAGUCUUUAAAAUUUAGAAUUAUUUUAUUAGAUGUUUUUGAAACUAUAUAUAUAUGUAUAAUAUAUAUUUUUAUAUAUAUAUAACAUAUAUUCAUAAUGAGUAAUAAUAGGUACAAACAACAUUUUUUUGUUUUGUUAAAUUAGAUUAUUUUUAUUAUUAUUUUUUAAUACCCAAAAUUAGUAAUUCCUUAUAAUAUUAUAAUUUUUAUUAUUUUUUAUAAUAGUUUCAACCAUCGUUAAAACUAAACUUGCAGAGUCUAAAACUAGAUAUAGUCUAUAAAAACAACAAAACAUUAAUUUUUAUUUUAUCUUAUAGAAGUGGCGUAGCUGUUAAAACACAGUAAGAUUGAUUAAGACUUAAGUAGAUUUAGGUUAAUCAUCUCUAAAAUUGAAUGUACAUUUAAUGUAUUAAUAUUAUUUUAUAUCUACUCCUAUAUAGUUUUAUUAACACUAAAUUUAGUAGAUACCUGUACAGUGUACACUUAUUAACUUCUUAUACUUAGUUAUUAAUCAUUAUACUCCUUGUUUAUUUAUUGAUAAAUUUCUAGACUUAAUACACCAUAAACACCUACAACUGUUUAUAAAAUUAUGCUUACGUAGUAGUAUUAUAUUUUAUACAGAUCGUGGAAGACGUGUUUCCAAAUCAUGCAAACAGAAUGGAUUCCCAAAAUAAUAUGAGAGGAAUAGACAACGUAGCUUUGGAUAUUCAAGACUCCGAGUAUGGUUAUAUGGAACAUUUCUUCAACCAGGUUAAAAUCGAUUCUAUAAUAUUGUAAUCUAUGUUUAAUAUAAUUAUAUACUUAUAUUAUGCAUAAUUAAUUAUACAACUAAAUAUACACAAUAAUAAAUAGCUGGUUUACAUAAUUAUUAAAUGCUGCUGACCGUAUCUAAUUUAUAAUAAUUGAAACUUGAUUGAUAAUUAUUUAUGUCAUAUCUCGUAUAAAUUUGUAUACAGUUAGCGAGUAUUCAAGCCGUAUAUAACGAUAUAACGAUAUAACGAUCGAUUUUAGAAAGUUUGUCAAUAAUCUAUUGUAAUGAUGGGUACGUUUUAAUAUUAGGUAGGUAUAUCUCCAUUAUAUAAUAUGUAGUGACUUCAUAACCAUGUAUCCCUAUAUUAAUUAUUAAUUUAUUCAUUUUUACAUUAUUUAUCAUUGAAUAUUAUUAUUAUUUUAUAGUAAAAAAAAACAUGACGACCGCCUAUAUAGAAAAGUAAUUGUAAAUAGGCAUAUUUUCGAAGGGGUAAUUGUGAUAAUAGAGGGGCAAAGGGGGCAUCUGCCCUGAAGUGCUAAAAUUCUAAUUCUAAUUUGUAUUUAAUUAUAAUAAAUAUUGUAUUUAUAAGGAAAAAUAUUAUUAUACAUAUAUAUAUAUAUAUAUAUAUAUAUAUUAAAAGUUUAAAUUUGAUGCAUGAGAUUAAUAGCCACUUUAAAUCGAUAUGAUCUGCACCACGGGAAUAAUUUAAAAUAAAUACAUCCUAGAAAAAAUUCUUAGCUAGAGCACAACAUUUGAAUUUGUCGUGUGAUUCUUAAAUCCCUCGUUAAGGCACUGCAUGUUUGUUGAAUUUAAAAUUACAAUUUCAUAAAUAGAUAAGUACUAUAGUAAUACCUUUGCUUAAUACAUAUUACAAUUUACAGAUCGAACAGAGUCGACUGAAAAUUACUCAAAUCAAAGAACAUGUAGUGUUGAUGAGAACAUUACAUGGAAAAUUAUUACUUCUACCGAGGCAAGAUGAAAGUAUGAUAUGCUCCUAUAUAUUAUAAAUUAUAAUAAAGUGUAUUAUUAUGAGUUUGAUGAACAAUAUUCAAUAAUUUUCAUGUAUACACAAUAUACUAUAAUAUUUUAUAUUGUUUGCAGAUAUAAAACGAGAUGUAGACUUAAAAACGGAAAAUGUAAAAAAAAUGGGCAAACAAGUCAGCAUUGUAUUGAAAGGUAAUACCUACUGUAUAAUGUAUACAAUUAUUUUAAGACUAUAGCUAUUAUUAUAAUUUAUAAAUAAUGAGAAAUGUACAGGAUUGAAAUUAUAAUAAAAGUGUGAUAUAACUCAUAUAAGGUAUAACCUAAUAAGUGAUAAUAUAUUAAGUUGUUUUGUUUCUAGUUUAUUAUUUUAGAAUCUAUUCGAAUUUGUAUAUUUUUAAUUUAAACACGGGUACUCGUAAAUUACUAGUUCAGUAUUUAAACAUUUCAAACAAUUUUUAGAAUAUCCCGUAUCGAAAUGACACGGCAAUAAAUUCACAAUAAUGUUUUUUUAAUAUAUAUUAACCGUGCAAUCUAGACGAGGUAAUAUCUUUAAUAAAAUAAAAAAAAAAAAUAAAAAAAAAUCGUAAAUGGUAAUCUGUAGGCUGUCCAGAACGGAUUCUUGAAUACGUCAAGGUCUCGGACACUAUCAUUGGACUUCGGAAAUGUCAUAUGAACAACAAAAAUUAUUCUUUAUAACGUCAAGGCCCUUCGUUGGCGAUUUAAUAAAAUUAUGUCUUGACUUGUCACACAGACGCGUAUAUUACACGCGUACUUGUAGGUAUAUAUUAAUAUUAUCUAUUACGAGUUUAUAUGACCUAUCAUGAAUAGUACGUAACGCGUAAGUGUAAAUAACGGUAACCAAUUAUUUUGUAUUUAAAUAUAGAAAAAAAUACAUUUCUUGUUGCGCUCAGAAUCUGCAUGGAAGAAGGUGUGAAAAUGUUCAUUUAUCUAAAAAACGCCAUCGCGAUGAUAUUACAUGUGUUUAAGACUUCUAUAAUUUAAUAAAACAAUUAUAUUAUAUUUGGUUGGUCAUUGAUCAUUGGUCAUAAUACUUGCGUACUAUACUUAGCGUUUAGAACUUUAGGUACCUAACUAAUACAUAUUAUUUAUGUUUGAAUGUGAUUUUAAAUUUAAACACAAUAAUAUAAUGUCAAAAUUUAAAAAUUUUAACGGAAAUAAACAUAAUUUGAAAACAACUUUUCGAAUUAAAAAUGAUUGAUUAUAAAAACACGUAAUUGGAAGCUAUAAAGCCGACAGAAUUUGGCUUUAUGGACGAAUUGUUUUCGUAUAGAAAGCAUUGAAAUAUCGGCAGAUGUGUUAACCUGGAACGAAGAGAGAUUUAAAUGAAAAUUAACCUGUUAUAAUAGAGUACUAUUUUUACUUACAAAAUGUCACUGUCGAUAGUAUAAUGUCUGUUGAGAUGUGUAGAAACUUCAUACAAGCAAUCUACCGUUUUACAGGGUUGGAAAAACAGAUAAACCAAGAAGAAGACGAGUCGACAAACGACAACGAACAAGCGAGUGCCGCGUUGCGUAUACGAAAAACCCAACACGCCACCACUGUGCAUAUGCUAGUUGAAGCUUUGGCUGAGUUCAACGCUGAACAGAUCGACUACAAGGAAAAAUGCGAAGAACGCAUGCAAAAAAUCGUGUCCAUAGGUAAAUACACGCAAGAAGACAUUAUUUGUUUUUCUCGUUUCACCUGCAUAAUAAUAUCAUUUGUGUCUUUUAUUAUGUUCGCAUAUUCCUAUCUGUAGCCAAAGCCGAAAUAUCCAACGAUCAGUUCGACGAGCUUGUCAGCCAGGGAAAUUAUUCGGCUGUGUUCAACGGAAACGUAAGUUUACGUACAAUCCCGACUUUUUCGAUCGACUAUAUUUAAAUACGGGUCAUUGACAAUAUAAUAUAGAUUGUAUGUUUGUAACUUCAGAUUAUUGCCGAAACACUUGAAGCCAGAAAAACGCUUCAGGAAGUCCAAGACAGACACAUGGAACUGAUGAAAUUGGAGAAGAGCAUACAAGAGCUCCGAGAUAUGUUUGUUGAAAUGGCUAUGUUAGUCGAAAAGCAAGUAUGCAAGACAAUAAUAUUAUAUAUUUAUUUAAAGUAAUGCAUUUUGCCCAUUUAGUUUUAUGAUUCUUUUUAAAUUUUUGAAUUUUUUAUACACAAUCUUCAGAAAUCCAUGUUAUAAAGUUUUAAAACCCAUUUUAUGAAUUAAUUUGUAAUGGUUAUUAUAGGGCGACAUAGUCAAUAGUAUAGAACAACAUGUUUUACGGGCUGGUGAAGCUGCUGAGAAUGCCAAAAUAGAAACCAAAAAAGCUGUAAUAUACAGUAGUAAAGCAAGAAUAGUAUGUAAUAUAUGAAAUAUUAUUCUAUAAAUACUGGGUUGAUUUACCGAAAAAUGAUUAACAAAAAUGACAAGAUAGAAAUUACUAAAAUUAGGUGUGUGUUGGUUUUUGUUACAGAAAAAAAUCAUUGUUAUAAUGAUAUGUGUUUGUGUGAUUUUAUGUUUACUUGCGUGGUUAUAUUCAAUUUUUUUUGGACAUGAUAACACCUCUGAAACCUGAAAGGUAUUUCUACAACUAUAGGUACCUAUGUAUAUUUUUUUAUUUAACUAUUAAGUACAAUUUUCUGUGAUAUUUGUGAAACUAUAUUUAUAUAUUAUCAUUACCAUUAUAGACUAAAAUAAUUAAGUUAAAUGGUUUUGUUUUUAAAUUUUAAUCAAUGUUGUAAAAAAGUGAAUUUUAAUAAAAGAAUCGAUAAUAUAACGUUUAACAUUUGGGUGUUUACCAGAUAUUCAAAAUAUACAUGUUGAUCCCACACAACAGUUGUAAAAUUAUUAAUGUGAUAAAAAUCUAUGUAAGUUCAGUCAAUAACUCUUGAAGCUUAUUUUGUUACAAUAUGUAUUUUUAAUAGAAUGAAAUAAUGAGGUAUAUGUUUAAUUUCUUCCAAGAACUCUCUAUAAGGACUAUUAGAAUAUGUAUCCAUUUAUGCACAUAAAUAGGAAAAGUAUAGGCAUAAGUUAAACCUUGGUUAAGACUUGGUCAUAUUAUAAUAUUUAGGUAAUAUAAAAAUAAAAAUCUAGAUAAAAUCAUUUUCAAGCCUUUGUUAUUUUUGUAUUAUUAACUAUAGG